AUGGUGUCUUCACAGCCCGGCUCACGAGGGUCCAUCGUGACGAUCGGAGACGGCGGAAGUGCAGGAGGAUACACUUCAGCUGCACCCACCACGCCAACAUUGGCAACGGGUGCCCCGCUGCUGCACGUGUCAACGAUGCUAAUCAACGACUAUCCAUGCUACAUCUCCGCCCGCUCCGCCAACUCAAUAAUCUCCGAGUCCCGUCCGACGCGUAUACAGGCCGACUCGCUGAUUCUACUCAAUAAGCUCCUCGAUGAGCUCCUCCUCCUCGUGCUCCUCUCCGCUCGCUCCCUCGCCACGGACCGGAUCAAGACGGAAGGCAUGCUACGCGUUAUGAACAACAGCCUGCUCGCAAAGGAUGCCGUCCUCGAAGCUGAGCUCGAGCUGAGGAACUAUACCGAAGGCAAGCGCGCAGAAGGCGGCAGGGUGCCCCUCGGUCUCAUGGCCACCAGCAGGUGGGACGGCACCGCUCACUUCCCCGUGCAGAGCGCAUACAAUGCGCUCCGCACACGCUGCCAGAUCUACUCAACCCUCGGCGACCGCGAAGACUCGAACGCCGUGUCUGACCAGCACAUAAUGUCUGCCGACGGCAAGCCCGUGGCGACAAUCACACCUGGUGUGGCCAUCUAUGUGACAACGCUGCUCGAGUUUGUCGGCGAAAGGAUCCUCCAAGACGUGUCACGCGUCGUCGAACGCGACAAUUCUGACGUGGCCAGCCCCCGCGACCUCUAUGCUGCCAUUACAGAGGACGAGAUGCUGAGCCAGGUCUUUAAGUCCAUGGAGGUCCGGCAUGACUUUCUCCGCAGCUUGAGCGUCGCCGCACGCAGCAACUCGCACCUUGCGCGAAACAGCGUUGUCAGUGGUGGUUUUGGCUCCGGCUCCGGUGCCAGUGCAGGCCGGCGCGGCGGCGACAGCCACGACGGUGGCGGCGGCGACGACGACGCCAUCCUCGCUGCUGCCGCUGCCGCAGCUAACGCCGACGCGUGGCGCGCCGCCAAACCCUGGCAGGUGCCUAGCAGUGAGACCGACUACGAGCAAGCAGCAGGUGUGUCCCGCUUCUCCCGCCGUAUGUCCAAGCAGGAGCUGUCCAUCUCGACCGCCAUUGCCAACGGCGGCGGCCACCUCGACGGUGCCAGCGCCGGCCCGUUCGUCGCUUCGGUCAUGGGCCAGUACAACGCCGCAAGCAGCGUCAGCGACAAGGACGGCCCCAAGAGCACUACAUUUAGCAGCUGGUACGCGCACAGCAGCACCGGGAGCAUGUCCACCAGCAUGUCCAGCCUGCCCUCGGGUCCCUCGUUCGGCGGCGACACGACGCUGCAGCAUCAGCAGAGCGGCGGUGGCGGCGCUAUUGCUAGAUGCGGCCUGCCACAGCAACAAGAGGACGCGACGAGAAAAGGAAACAAGAAGGGCAUCAGCGGCAAUGGGUUUCUUAAUGGCGCCAGGAGGCGUGGGAGCUUUAAAAAGGACGGAGGCGGCACGCCCGAUGCCGCUGCUGUGCGACAGGCCUUCCUUGAAAAGGAUGCGAGGCACAGCAUGCCCGAUGUCGCUGUCGGCAAUGACCCCGAAGAUGACUUUGAGGCACUGAUGAUGUCCGGACAGACGAUGAAGGUUUCCUUAACACCUAACCGUCUGCGAACGAUUGAAGUCGAGCCAAAGGAUGCCGAGGCGAAAAAGAAUGCACGCAGGCGACCAGGCUUGACCCCUACUUCUCCGCUUGAUGCACCGCCUUCCUCUGCGGCAUUUGGCCGCAAGGCACCCUCUGCGCUCGACACGAAUGCUGCACAUUCUGCCUCUUCGAUUACCGAGCAGCCACGUUCCAGUACGCCCUCGGGGCGUCCCGUACGUGGCCCUAUAGCGCCUCCCAGCUCUUAUAGAGCCAUGAGCCCUUUACCAAGUGCGCCUUUCCGAAGCGGCACGCCGGACCUCUCCGGCGCGCGGCGCAGCCUGUCCAUCGCCAGCCCUGUGCGCGAACCUGACGACGAGAGAACCUACGAGGACGAGGAGGAGGGCGAGGCAGCUGGCGUGGCGGCGAUGGUGAAUGCGAAUCUGGUGCACCCCGACCCCAGCAUUGGCUCAUCUUCUCCUGCAUCCAGCCGCCGCCGCCUGGAGGCGCGCUCCAGCGAGCAGGUUGGCGUGGCCAACCGCGAUUUUGUCGAUUUGCUGAAUCGCGGUCCGGACUUACCGCCGCUCGGAAGGCGCGAGUCUCGUGCCAGCCAGCAGACGCUGGACGCCGCUAGCAAGGCGCGCAGCUCAGUUAGCGACCGCAUGCGCAACAUCUUUGGAGGGCGCAAGAACGUGCGCGACAGCAUUGGCUCGCUCAGCAGCACCUCCAAGCCGCCUAUGGCGGAGAGCCCAAGCUUUGGAGCAUCGAGCACUACGACCAUGAGCAGUGACUCACACAGGACAAGCUGGAAUACCAGCCUCGAUGACCUCCACGCGCCGACAAGGCGCAUCGGUGCGCAGUUCACCACCGCCAGCGGAAGUCUCGGCCGUAAGGUUGCCCAAUCGCCACAAACAUCCUCUACGCGUGUCCCUGUGACGGCCUUCCGGCCGCCAAGCUCUUCGUCGCUGCAUUCGCAUUCGUCUUCGGCAGACUACACGGCUGGCUCGCACAGCUCGCACCAAGUGCUAAAUAAACAGCCGCAACACCAGCAACCGAGCCUUCCUCCCACUCCAUCCACUAGCGGCCUGCCGCCUUUGCCAGAGAAAGAUGUACGUGCCUCCGCUGGUGCGUGUUCUGAUGCUGCCAUCACAACUGCCAGCGCUGCUCUGGCAUCACAGUCAGAAGUGUCUGCUCCCUCUGCUCAAGACACUACACCUCCUAGCACCUUUGACUCGCUAUCAACUCGCGAGGCAGUGCGGUCAUCUUCACCUGCACCAAGGCGCUCUAUGACUCCGACCGAUCCGACCAGCAGGGUCGUUCCAUGGGGUUACAACAACCGCCGAUCUUCUCUUGGACUACAGAUGCAGUCUCAAAUGCGUGGAGGAUCCUGGCGAGACUCGCAAGGGCAGCAGACGACUCAGCGCGAAUCACUCACGCAGGCCAUCGCUCCAGCCACUCAUGCUUCGAAGGAGGAGUAUGUCGCCCCUUCGCGACGCAGUCAGCAAAGUUCUCGCAGCGGUGUAGACGUUCUGUCUCUCGGUGAACCGGCCGCCAUAAACCCUUCUGUUCAAACGAAAGACGCAGGCACUGGCGUUUUCACACCGACACUGGCCACCGCAUCGGCGACGUGGGCGAUGGCACCAGGGUUUAGCAAUACACCUGCUUCUCCCAAGGCAGAUGAGCUGCAAAGCCAUGCUUCUAGUGAUGUAAGGCGCAACUUACUCGAGCUUGAGGUGCGUAUGAGGGCGUGCGAAAGUGCAGACGCAUGUCGAGCUCUCUUGCGACAAACGAUCCAGGCUGCGGAGGAAAGAUCUGCAGACCAGGCCGACGACCAAACAAAGAUCGAAGGACAAGCGGCGGAAGGAAGAAAGUUUGUAAAUCCUCCAGCUGAGGAAACGGUAGAAAAUGGCGACGAGGCGAAAGCACCAGCUGGUACACCAGCAUUGACGUUGACUUUGCAAGGGCCGAGUGAAAUCACAGGCAAACCAUUGACCACUCUGGUCAUGGCAGACGCGUACGAUCCCAGAAGCGACUCUAAACACAGCGGGGAGAAUCACGCGAAUGUGGCGAGCUGGCUUCUGGAUGAAGGUGCCCACAUCGAAGACGUGCCCCGGUCCAAUGGCAAUUCUAUUGCGAACGGCGACAAGGACGCUCCACAGAGCAAGAGCGUUGGCACAUGUCUGGCCUCUCUAUCUGCAGGCUUGACCGAUGCGGGCCACGUGGCGCCCGAAUCUUCGCAUGCAGGUUAUGCGACAGCGGAAGAAGGCUCGUCGGCUGCACACAAUGUUUCGCGAUUGGCUGUGGUGAGCGCAGGACACCAUUCGGACAAGCUGCAGCAGCCGCCAAUCUUGCUCUCUGUGCCGUUCGGCUGCAUCUCUCCCCAUGCAGAGGACGAGCAGGGGCUGAGCAGCGCCAGCUCGACGGCCAACUGGAUGUGCCGCGAUGCCCAGGAAGACGUUGACGACGCGUAGGUAAAGGCGAAGCAAUCAUGGAAGGAAGGAAAGGAGAUGCCAACUCUUUUUGAAGGAAACCAAGCGUGCCCUGCCAGGUGGUUGCGCAUUUUCCUGCGAUGCCCUGCGCGACCUUCCGCGGGCGCCGCGCAAUGAAUACCAAACUCGUUUACUGUACUUUGUCAAUGUGUAUUAUACCCCGCAUUGGUACUGCCUGCGAUAUCCUC